AUGUCAAAAACCACAGCUUCUCCUCCUCACAUAGCUCUGUUGCCAAGUGCUGGGAUGGGUCAUUUGACCCCCUUCCUCCGCCUUGCUUCCAUGCUCUCCUCCAGAAGUUGUACCGUCACCUUGAUCACUGCCUCCCCUUCUGUUUCUGCUGCAGAGUCUUCUCACGUUUCUUUCUUUUUAUCUCAGCAUCCACUGGUCAAGCACAUUGAGUUCAAAGUCAUUCCCUCCAAGCCCUACUCCAAUCCCACCACUGACGACCCUUUCUUCCUCCAGUUUGAAGCCACCAACCGCUCUGUCCAUCUUCUUUACCCUUCCCUUGCUUCUGCGUCUCCACCUCUCUCAGCCAUCUUUUCUGACUUUGCAGUGGCUUCCAGUUUUGCUCCUGUUGCUGCUGAUCUUGGUAUCCCCAAUUACAUCAUCUCCACCACCUCUUGUAAGUUUUUCUGUCUCAUGGCCUACCUUCCAGUCCUUCUAUCCGACCCUUCGAGUUUUAGCAGCGGCCUCAGUGAAGUCAACAUCCCAGGCAUCACCCCAUUUCCCCUACCAAGCAUUCCUCCUCAAUUUAAGAACCCAAAUCAUCUUUUCACAUCACUAAUUGCUACAAGUGCUCAAGCUCUCUCUAAGGCCAAAGGGAUUCUAAUGAACACUUUCGAUGAUUUUGAACCGGAAACUCUAGCUGCUGUCAACAGCAGCAGAGUUUUAGACAAUCUCCCACCAAUCCUCCCUAUUGGACCAUUGGAAACUUUUGAGCCCAAGAAAGAGCAGGACCAGUCCUAUCUGCCAUGGCUAGACAGCCAACCAGCAGAGUCUGUAGUUUAUGUGAGCUUUGGAAGCAGAACAGCCCUGUCCAGUGCUCAGAUAAGAGAGCUGUCGAAAGGGUUGGAGAGAAGUGGAUAUAGAUUUUUGUGGGUACUUAAAACAAGCAAAGUUGAUAAAGAUGAUAAAGAAGAGUUGAAAGAUCUUCUGGAGGAGUCAUUUUUGGACAGAACAAAGAACAAGGGAAGAGUAGUGAAGGGGUGGGUGAGCCAGCAAGACAUUCUUGAACACCCUGCCACUGGCGGAUUUAUCAGUCACUGCGGGUGGAAUUCAGUCAUGGAAGCAGCCCGGAAGGGCAUACCGAUGCUGGCAUGGCCGCAACACGGGGAUCAAAGUGUGAAUGCAGAGGUUGUGGAGAAGGCAGGGCUGGGAAUAUGGGAGAGGAAAUGGGAUUGGGGUCUUGAAGGGUUGGUGAGUGGUGAGGAGAUAGGGAAAAAGAUUGUGGAGCUAAUGGAAGAUGAGAAGCUGAGGGGUUUGGCCAGGAAGGUAGGGGAAAAUGCUGGGAAGGCUACUGGUAUUGGUGGGAAAUCUGAGAAGGUGCUCACUGAAGUCCUGGAAUAUCUUGAGCAGAAGAAGAACUGA